AUGUGUGGUAUUUUUGGGUACUGUAAUUUUUUGGUUGAGAGAUCAAGAGGAGAGAUCAUUGACACACUGGUCGAAGGGUUGCAACGCUUGGAAUAUAGAGGUUACGAUUCUACUGGUAUUGCCAUUGAUGGAGACCAAGUUGACUCUACCCUUGUGUACAAGCAAAUUGGUAAAGUUAGUGCCUUGAAGGAGGAGAUUGCAGAACAGAAUCCUAACAGGGAAGUUACUUUCGCGUCUCACUGUGGUAUUGCACAUACAAGAUGGGCAACACAUGGUGAACCAAAACAAUCCAACUGUCAUCCCCAAAUAUCUGACCCGCACUGCGAUUUUGUAAUUGUUCAUAAUGGUAUUAUUACAAACUUCAGAGAGUUGAAGACGUUAUUGUUGAACAAAGGUUACAAAUUUGAAAGUGACACGGAUACUGAAUGUAUCGCGAAACUGUUCAAACAUUUGUACGAUACUAAUUUGCAAAACGGCCAUGAAUUGGAUUUUCAUGAAUUGACUAAAUUAGUGCUGCUAGAACUAGAAGGCUCUUAUGGUCUAUUAUGCAGAUCAUCUCACUACCCGGAUGAGGUGAUAGCCACCAGAAAGGGAUCUCCUCUGUUGAUUGGUGUGAAAUCCGACAAAAAGUUGAAAGUUGAUUUUGUUGAUGUUGAAUUCCCCGAUGAUGAUAGCAAGCCUGAAACACCUUUGGGCUAUAAUAAGGUCAAUGGAGGUUUGAAAAAUUUAAAUGGUGGAACUGUUAACGGCAGAAAAAUGCGUCCUUAUGAACAAAACGGUGGCCAAAACAAUCUUUUACCAAUUGCUGCUAAUGAAUUCAAUCUGAGACAUUCUCAAUCAAGAGCUUUCCUGUCAGAAGACGGUACGCCAAAUCCAGUUGAAUUUUUCCUGUCUUCUGAUGCCUCUUCAGUUGUUAAGCAUACAAAGAAAGUUUUAUUUCUGGAGGAUAAUGAUAUUGCACAUAUAUAUGAUGGUGAAAUUCAUAUUCAUAGAUCCAGAAGAGAAGUCGGUGCUUCUAUGACGAGAUCUAUCCAGACUUUGGAAAUGGAAUUGGCUCAAAUAAUGAAAGGUCCAUACACACAUUUUAUGCAAAAGGAGAUUUUUGAACAGCCAGAAUCCACGUUUAACACUAUGAGAGGUAGAACUGAUUUCGAAAAUAAUAGCAUUAUGUUGGGUGGUUUAAAAGCGUGGCUACCCGCUAUUAGGAGAGCGCGUAGACUUAUCAUGGUUGCUUGUGGUACUUCUUAUCAUUCAUGUCUAGCUACUCGCUCAAUAUUUGAAGAAUUAUCUGAAAUUCCGGUAUGUGUAGAAUUGGCAUCGGAUUUUCUUGAUAGGUUGUCUCCUGUUUUCAGAGAUGAUAUUUGUGUUUUUGUCUCACAGAGUGGUGAAACCGCUGAUACAAUGCUAGCAUUGACUUAUUGUUUGGAAAGAGGUGCAUUAACAGUGGGUAUUGUUAAUAGUGUUGGCUCAUCAAUUUCAAGGGUUACCCAUUGUGGUGUUCAUAUCAAUGCAGGUCCUGAAAUUGGUGUUGCUUCUACUAAGGCCUACACUUCACAAUACAUCGCGUUAGUUAUGUUUGCACUGUCACUUUCUGAUGACAGGGUCUCUAAAUUGGAAAGAAGAAAAGAAAUUAUACAAGGUCUUAAAUUGAUUCCAGAGCAAAUUAAAGAAGUUUUACAAUUGGAAGACAAGAUUAAGUAUCUUUGCGAGAACGAUCUCAAAGAUCAAAAAUCUUUGCUAUUACUAGGUAGAGGUUACCAGUUUGCAUCGGCUUUAGAGGGUGCUUUGAAGAUAAAAGAAAUUUCUUACAUGCAUUCGGAAGGUGUGUUGGCUGGUGAGUUGAAACAUGGUGUUUUGGCACUAGUCGAUGAAAAUUUACCUAUCAUUGCAUUUGGUACAAGAGACUCAUUGUUUCCAAAAGUCGUUUCUUCUAUCGAACAAGUAACGGCAAGAAAGGGACAUCCAAUUAUUAUCUGUAACAAAAAUGAUGAAGUCUGGGAAAAUAAAGCAAAGAGUAUUAACAUGCAAACCUUGGAAGUUCCACAAACAGUGGAUUGUUUACAGGGCUUAUUGAAUAUCAUUCCACUACAAUUGAUUUCUUAUUGGCUGGCUGUCAACAAAGGUAUUGACGUUGAUUUCCCAAGAAACUUAGCGAAAUCAGUCACCGUGGAGUAG